UCCAAAGUUGAAACUUUCUCUUCUCUCCUCCUCCAUCUUCUUCUUCUUCUUCCUCUUAACCACUUUUGCUUUCCCCUCAUCUCUCACAACUCCUCAAAAGCUCACGCCAAUUCCAAACAUCAUAUCACAUCUUCUUUUUUUUCUGAGUACCGCCCAUGAUACCCAAUGAUUAAACCCUUUUCAUGCGCGAAUCCCACUUCAUUCUUUCGUUUCUCGAGAAAGCUAAAUGUCUUAGUCCAAUAACCCUUUUCUUUUGUCCCUGGAUCUGUUCUUACUCUUCGAUAAAGAUUCAAACUUUAUUUGAAAUUUGCUCUGUUUCCUCUUCAAAGUUUCGAUUUUUAUUUUGUGGGUUUUCAUUUCACCAUGGUUGCAGAAGCUUGGAUUGUGAAAAUGAGGAACCAAGUAAGUGCUAAUCUCAAACACGCUCUUCUUCUUGAAUCUUCAACUAAGAAAACCCCUAAACCAACCUCUCUUCCUAAGCAAACCAUUGGAAUCUUAUCUUUCGAAGUAGCUAACGUUAUGUCCAAAACCAUUCAUCUUCACCGUUCUCUGUCCGAUACAGAGAUCUCUAAGCUCAAAGCUGAGGUUUUUCGGUCGGAAGGAGUUAGAAAUCUUGUUUCUUCCGAUGAGAAUCACCUUCUUGACCUCGCUGUAUCCGAAAAGCUUGAUGAUUUGAGCCGUGUAGCUAGCGUUGUGUCUAGGUUAGGUAAAAAAUGUAACGAACCUGCUUUACAAGGAUUUGAGCAUGUUUAUGAGGAUAUUGUGAAUAGGGUGAUUGAUUUUAGGAAGUUAGGGUUCUUGGUUAAAGAUAUGGAGAGUAUGAUUAAGAAGAUGGAGAGAUUCGUUAAUGCUACUUGUAGUUUGUAUUGUGAAAUGGAAGUGAUGAAUGAGCUUGAACAAGCUGUAGUGAAGCUUCAACGAAGUCAGCAGCAUCAAGAGAGUGUUAAAACUUUUGAACAGAAGCUUAUGUGGCAGAGACAGGACGUGAAGAGUCUUAGAGAUGCUUCGUUGUGGAACCAAACUUAUGAUAAGGUUGUUGAGAUGUUGGCUAGAACGGUUUGCACUCUCUAUGGUAGGAUUGAAACUGUUUUUGGGGGUUUGGGUUUGAGAGUGAAAAAGGAUGCGACUUUGAAGAGAGAUCGUAGCAAGAAUGAAGCUAAUAAGUUUACUAAUUCGAGAUCUGUUGUGGGGUUUAAGGAUCCGAGGAGAAGUGAUGCAGAGGAAUUUAGCCGUGCAGGGGAUUUCAAUUUCCCUUGUGGGACUAAUCCUGGGAGGAUGUUCAUGGAAUGUCUUGCUAUGAAUAGCUCAGUUUGUAGGACUAUUGGUGAUGAUGAUGAUGAUGAAGAUGAUGCUCGGAUCACGAUUCCUCUGAACACAGGUCGAAUGAUUCGGACUAGUAAGUUUGGUUUCAAAAGCAGAUUAACUCAACAUGCUUCAGCUUCAACGAUUGGAGGAUCCGCCUUAUCUUUGCACUAUGCGAAUGUUGUGAUUGUGGUGGAGAAGCUUCUCAAGUAUCCUCAUCUAAUAGGGGAAGAAGCAAGAGACGAUCUUUACCAAAUGUUACCAACGAGUUUGAAAACAACGCUCAAGGCUAAUCUCAGAUCAUACUUGAAGAACAUUUCCAUCUAUGACGCUCCUCUCGCUCAUGAUUGGAAAGAAACUAUAGACGGUAUACUUUCUUGGCUUGCACCUUUAGCUCACAACAUGAUCCGGUGGCAGAGCGAACGCAAUUUCGAGCAGCAUAAUCAGAUUGUGAAGCGAACAAACGUUCUUCUACUUCAGACGCUUUACUUUGCUGAUAGAGAGAAGACAGAAGCGGCGAUUUGUAAGCUUCUUGUCGGGCUAAACUACAUUUGCCAUUACGAACAGCAGCAGAAUGCGUUGCUGGACUGCGCGAGUAGCUUUGAUUAUGAAGAUUGUUUCGAGUGGCAGAGCCAAUGUCGUGCAUCUUACUUGGACUAACAGUUGGGGGGUUUUAUUUAGUGUUGUUUUAUAGAUACAUUUGUUUAUGAUUCAACACAAUGUGAAUAUGUAAAUCUCUAGUUUCGUUUGCAUACAUAAAAAAUGAUUGUGAGAAUUGAAGUUUAAGUUGUUGUUUACUCCAAUCUUGGAGAUAGUUUAAAUCAUAGUUGAAGAAUCUGAACCUUC